AUGUCUCUGGUGAAGCAGCGAGACGGAAUUGUGACCGCCAUCGAGCGAAUCGAGGCCUACCUGGCGUCGCUGGGCGAGGCGGACGUCCCUCAUCUCACCCGAGAGGUUGUCACGUCCCAGAGGAAUUUAGCAGCGACGCUGAGGGCCGACUACAUCGAUGUCCACGCUCGGAUCAUCGAGUCCACCGGCGAUGCGCAGACCAGGAUCAACGAGCAGGCGUGCAAGACGAAGUUCUUGCAGAGAGUGGAGAGCCUGCUGGAGAAGAUCAACCGCUUCCUGGUCAACUUCCCGCCGCCGCUGCCCAGGACGUCUAGCCCGAAUACCUCGGGCGACUUUGCUGCGGUCAUGGAGCGGAUGAUGCUGCAGAACCAGGACCAGAUGACGCAGCUCAUCGCGGCGUUUCGUCAAACCGCAAGUAGCGAUCCCUCACGUUCCAUUAAAUUGCCACAAAUCCAACUGCCCACCUUCAGUGGCAAAUACUCGAGUUGGAUAUCAUUCAAAGACCGAUUCAUAUCUUGCGUCAAGUCCUCCACGAGUCUGAAUGAUGUUCAAAAAUUGGAAUAUUUGCAAUCGGCCUUGACGGGAGACGCCGAGUCACUGAUAAAACACCUGCCCACAACCGCCGCGAACUUUGGGGUAGCUUGGGAGUUAUUAAUUGAGAAAUACGAGAGAAAAAGCGAGAUUAUUGCUGACCAUGUUAGGACGUUUUAUAAUAUGCCCUCUGUCACGUCCCUGGAGCCAACCGCCAUUCAGAAAAUCAGCAAUAUCCUCUCGGAAUCCACGCUGGCACUUGACGCCAUCAACGUGACCACGCGUGACCCUUGGCUCAUCCAGUUCACGCUGGACAAACUGGACACGGAGUCAAGGGUUCUCUGGGGAAGAGAGUGCGGCAAUAGAGUGCCCACUCUGAAGGAAUUCCGUGCCUUCUUAAAUCAGCGUUGCAUCGACGCCACAAACGCGAUCCCCAUUAAUAAAAUGCCGCCCAAUGAGCGCUCCCAAGUCCCAAAGCCAGCUUCUCAGCCCAAGAAGCAGAUGCCAUCCAUCCAUAAUGCCACUGCCACAAAUAAUUGCAAAUGCUGCAACCAGUCAGCUCAUCCCCUCUACAAAUGUGCCCGCUUUCUGGCACACUCACCCGGGGAGAGAUUCGAGGUCGUGAAGAAGCUGAGCUUAUGUAGGAAUUGCCUGGCCUCUCAUCAUACCAAUUCCUGUACCUUCCACAAGUGCCGGAAGUGCCAGGGCAAACAUAAUGUUCUUCUUCACGACAAGUUCGUCGGUGAGUCUUCUGCCGAUCCGCCGGCUCCGCUCCCACCACCGUCGAACCCUUCUCCUGCGGCAAACAUUAACACCCAGACCACGCCGAGUUCUUCUGGAGGGCACACUAAUUUUACUGGCCACUCGACAGUCACUCUCUCCAAUUCCACUUCCACUAGUCGCCCCCAUUCAACCGUCCCGAAGGUUUUCCUGGCGACAGCGGUGGUGGACAUCAUUACUGUGAGUGGACAGCGAAUCCCGUGUCGCGUGAUGUUAGACGGUGGAGCCCAAGUCUGCAUCAUGACGACAAGCCUGUACCAGAAGCUGCGGCUUCCGAGAUCUCCUUCGGACAUCACAAUCUUGGGUGUUGGUAGUCAAGCCAAUCAAGUGAAACAUCGCGUUUCCACAACCAUUUUCUCCCGGAAAAAUGGCAGCCAGUUCUCCUUCGAGAGCUACAUCAUGCCAAGGAUUUCUGGCGACAUCCCCAACUGGGCAGUGGACUCGCAAGCCAUCCAAAUUCCUCACGGCGUCGAAUUGGCUGAUCCUCAGUGGGACGUGCAGCGCCCAGUGGACCUACUAAUCUGUGGCAAUGCCUAUUGGGAUAGUUUACUUCCAGGCAAGAUCAGUUUGGGCCCAGGACUGCCACAUCUGCAGGAGACUGAGUUUGGCUACGUCCUCGUCGGAGAGCAUCAACAAUCGGCUUACGUGCACCAUAUAGAGGCUGCUCCAGCCCUGGAUGUUGCGCUGCAGAAAUUCUGGGAGCUUGAGGAUCUGCCGGACGAUCCACCACUCACUGACGAGCAUCAACUGGCCGAGGCUCAUUUCUGUGAGACACAUAGGAGAGAUGCAGAGGGGAGAUUUGUGGUCAAAUUGCCCUUCCGUGAGAGUUCAGAAGUUCUGGGACAGUCUCGAGGACAGGCGGUGCGUCAAUUCUUGGCUUUGGAGAGGCAAUUCGAGAAGAAACCAAAGCUCAAGACGAUGUAUGAGGAGGUGAUGAAGGACUACAAGGAAAGAGGGUGGCUGGAGUUGGUUCCACCUGGCGAAUUCGGCUCUUCCUCCUAUUAUAUGCCACACCAUGGAGUCCUCAAGGAAUCCAGCGUCACAACUAAGCUGCGAGUUGUCUAUAACGCGAGCGCUAAGACCAGCUCGGGCUACAGUUUGAAUGACAUCCUCAUGUGUGGCCCCAAUGUCCAGCCGAACCUCAUUCUCACGCUGCUUCGAUUCCGUCUGCAUCCAAUUGCGAUGAGUGCGGACAUAUCCAAAAUGUAUCUGCAAAUCCAAUUGGACUCCGCGGACGCGAACUUCCAGAGAUUGGUCUACCGAAGUUCUCCACACGAGCCGCUGAGAGACUACAGAAUCCCUCGCGUCUGCUUCGGUGUUGCAUCAUCACCAUUCCUGGCCACGAGAGCACUCAUCCAGCUGGCCAAUGACCACGAGAAGGAAUUUCCACAGGCAGCAGCUGCGCUCCGCACCAAUUUCUAUGUCGAUGACCUGCUGGUGUCGACAUCCACAUAUUCGGAGGCAGAAAGGCUGCAAUCUCAACUGGUGGAAUUACUUCUUCGUGGUGGAUUCACUCUGACGAAAUGGUCGAGCAAUAGCCAUCGCUUGUGCCGCCAACCUGACCAAGAUGCGAUGCCGGACGCGGUGACAGUGGGCGAAUCCGUCACCAGCACUCUGGGAAUGAUUUGGAAUUCAUCUUCGGACGAUUUCAGAUAUACUUCUCCAAUGGACAUCUCCGAGGACAUCAGCACCAAGCGGCACAUGGCAUCCGGCGUUGCCAAAUUCUUUGAUCCGGUCGGCCUGAUGGGACCGGUCAUUGUUGAGGCCAAAAUCAUGCUGCAGGACAUGCACAGGAUGAAGUUGGGAUGGGAUGAGCCAGUGCCUCCUGAAGUGCAGAAGCAAUGGAAGGAUUUUGUGCUUCGGCUUCGGGAUAUCACGCAAAUCCGCAUUCCGCGCUGGAUUUCCAUGUUCUCCAACCCUGAUGGCGUGGAAUUGCAUGCAUUCUGUGACGCAAGUGGCAAGGCUUAUGGAGUUGCCAUUUAUGUGGUCACCAUCUUCCAAGGACAGCGCUUUGCUCGCCUACUGAUGGCCAAAUCUCGAGUGGCUCCGAAGAAGGAAAUCACAAUUCCCAAACUCGAGUUGUGCGCGGCGACUUUGGCCGUUGAGACGACAAGUAGAAUUCAGGAUGCUGUGGUCCCUGAUUCUACCCACUAUUGGAGUGAUUCCACAGUCGUCUUACACUGGAUCAAUAGCCCGCCUGACGCGUACAAAAUCUUCGUCGCCAAGCGCAUCGGAACCAUCCGCGAGAAAACACGCGCUAAUCAGUGGCGGCACGUGGCAUCCGGGGAGAAUUCAGGAGACAUCAUUUCUCGUGGUGCUUCUCCGUCACAACUAAUUGAUAUGUCUUUGUGGUGGGAAGGCCCAGCCUUCUUGAAGGAGCCAAUGACGUCCUGGCCUCCGCCCUUCAGCUCAGCCGGCUGUGCAGCCGAGGAGGUGGAUUGUUUCGUGGCUUCCGCGAAACAAGAGUGUCUCAUUCAGCCCCUAUUGGAGAGAUACUCGGGCCUUCCACGGAUUCAGCGCAUCAUGGCUUAUGUGCUGAGAUUUGCUCUCAGGCGUCGACAUCCUCUGCCCGCCACAAUUGCGCCGAUUAACGCUGAUGAGAUGGAUCGGGCGCUCCUGUUCAUCAUCAAGGUGGAUCAGCGUCGCGCUCUCCCAUUUGUUCAUCAGCAGCUGGAGAGAAACGAACCCCUUCCUCCUCAGUGGAUGUCUUUGGCAUCCCUGACACCAUUCGCGGACGAGCAAGGGCUUAUCCGCGUAGGAGGAAGACUUGAGAACGCGGACCAGCCGUUCUCAUCCAGACACCCAAUAUUGUUGCCAAAGUCCCCAUUAACGGACAGGAUUAUGCGGUGGGAGCACAUCAAGCACCUGCAUGCCGGACCAAAGCUCCUCUUGUCGACGGUCCGUCAGCGGUUCUGGCCACUUUCCGGUCGGAAUUGUGCUCGGAAGGCAGUGCAUAGCUGCCACAAAUGCUUCCGCGCCAAGCCGAAGCCCCUUGAGCAGCUGAUGGGGAAUCUUCCGGAACACCGCGUGAAUCUUUACCGUCCAUUUCAAGCAACGGGUGUGGAUUUUGCUGGCCCUCUUCUAAUGAUAUCUUCCGCCACCCGGGGAGUUCGCUCCAGAAAGGCCGGCAAUCAGAAGGUUUACAUAGCAAUUUUCGUGUGCAUGGCAACCAAGGCUGCACACUUGGAAAUAGUCUGCUCACUGUCCACUGAGGCCUUCUUGGCGGCAUUCCGUCGUUUUGCAGCGCGCAGAACGACUCCCAGACAUCUCUAUUCUGACUGCGGCAAGAAUUUCGAGGGUGCAGCCAAUGAAUUUGUCCGUCUUCUUGACCAGGAGAAAGCUCAACAGGAAAUCGUGGGACAGACGCAGACCGACGGAAUCUCGUGGCAUUUCAAUCCACCAGCUUCUCCACACCAUGGCGGGCUUUGGGAAGCCUGUGUGAAGAGCACGAAAUUCCACCUAAUUCGUGCCAUCGGAUCUGCGCCAGUGUCUUACGAAGAGCUCCACACCACCUUGUGCCAAAUCGAGUGCGUGCUGAACAGCAGGCCUCUGUGCACCAUCUCUGAGGACCCCAACGACGGUGGCAUGCUCACUCCUGGCCACUUUCUGGUUGGUGCGCCUGGAAAUGCACCUCCCGAUCCCGACGUGGGGCGCAUUCCGGAGAACAGGCUCUCCUACUGGCAGCAGUGUCAACGGCGAGCACAGGAGUUCGGGAAGCGCUGGAGACUCCACUAUCUCAACACGCUUCAGCAGAGGCCCAAGUGGAGAGUCUCUCAGGACAACCUGGAGGUCGGAGAGGUCGUGCUUCUCCUGGACGACACAGCCAAGGAGGGAUCCAAGUGGAUCCUGGGACGAGUGGAGACGGCACAUCCAGGAGGUGACGGCAAGGUCAGAGUCGUCACAGUACGCACAGCCCGCGGAGUGUAUAAGCGCCCCAUAGUGAAGAUUGCGCGCCUGCCAAAACAAGAUGAGGAGUUCCCUGGCCUUGGCGACUCCAACGAAUCUUAA